UCUGAAUUCAGCUCACCAAAUCGAACCAAUUCGAGCCAAAACAUGCACGCCAAGAAACGCCUUGCUAUCUGCCUAUCUGUCUAUCAAAUCCGCUUAUUAUAAUUAACGCAUUUCCCACUGAUCAAAUUCCCCAUGCAAAUUUUCCUUUUCCUUUUGUCAUACUAAAACCAUGAUCAACCCUGUUGUGAGUUUAACUUCAUCUUCCUCGUUUUCCGACGAUGGUUUCGUCGGGAACUUUGUUUCUAGGCGGUUGUUUUUCUUGCAAUAUCUCCAGGUUGUGGAGCUGAUUCUUGCUGUUUUGGUCUUUGUUGUCAUACAUUCGUUGGGGCAAAAACGACGUCAUGGUCUCCCUGUUUGGCCAUUGCUCGGAAUGUUACCGUCGUUGGUGACUGGUCUCCGGUCCGACAUGUACGAGUGGAUUUCGGACAUACUUUGCCAGCAAAAUGGGACUUUCAAGUUCAAAGGUCCGUGGUUUAGUAGUCUCAAUUGCGUGAUUACCUCCGAUCCGAGGAACUUGGAGCAUCUUCUCAAGACCAAAUUCUCUGUCUUCCCCAAAGGGCCUUACUUUCGUGACACCGUUCGUGAUCUUCUCGGAGACGGUAUAUUCAACGCCGACGACGAGACGUGGCAACGGCAGAGGAAAACGGCGAGCAUCGAGUUCCACUCAGCGAAGUUCCGGCAAUUGACGACCGAGUCGUUGCUGGAACUCGUCCACGCCAGGCUCUUACCCGUGCUGGAAAAUGCAGUUAACAAAUCGACCUCCAUUGACCUCCAAGAAGUUCUUUUGAGAUUGACGUUCGAUAACGUUUGCAUGAUAGCCUUUGGUGUCGACCCUGGGUGUCUGCGUCCCGGAUUGCCCGAAAUACCGUUCGCCAAAGCGUUCGAAGACGCCACCGAGGCGACGUUGCUACGUUUCGUCACCCCAACAUGCGUAUGGAAAGCCAUGAGAUGCCUUGAUUUAGGGACUGAAAAGAAGCUGAAAAGAUCGAUAAAGGGUGUCAACGAAUUCGCAGAACAAGUUAUUCGGACAAGGAAAAAGGAACUGUCGUUACAAAAGGAAGACGAGAAGCGGAGAUUGGAUUUGUUGACGGUGUUCAUGAGAUUGAAAGAUGAACAAGGCAAGCCGUUUUCAGAAGAGUUCUUGCGUGAUAUUUGUGUCAACUUUAUACUUGCCGGAAGGGACACUUCUUCGGUGGCGUUGAGCUGGUUUUUCUGGUUGCUGGAAAAGAAUCCCAUGGUCGAGGAAAAAAUUCUUGCAGAGAUAUGCAGAAUUGUUAAUGAAAGAGAAGACUUGAAAAACGGUGAAGAGUUAAAGAGUCCAUUGAUAUUUAAACCAGAGGAGAUAAAGAAGAUGGAUUAUCUGCAGGCUUCAUUAUCCGAGGCUCUAAGAUUGUACCCUUCGGUUCCUGUUGAUCACAAGGAGGUUGUUGAUGACAAUGUAUUUCCGGAUGGAACAGUGCUAAAGAAAGGAACAAAAGUCAUCUAUGCAAUCUAUGCGAUGGGUAGAAUGGAAGCCAUAUGGGGAAAGGACUGCCGAGAAUAUAAACCGGAGAGAUGGUUAAGAGAUGGCCGGUAUACGAGUGAGUCGGCCUACAAAUUCACCGCCUUCAAUGGUGGUCCUCGGCUUUGUUUAGGGAAAGAUUUUGCUUAUUAUCAGAUGAAAUUUGUGGCCGCCUCGAUCUUGUAUAGAUACCGUGUGAAGGUGGUGAAUGGUCAUGUCGUUGCACCGAAACUUGCCUUGACUAUGUACAUGAAGCAUGGCCUAAAGGUCAACUUAAUCGAGCGACAUGAAUCGGAGCUUCAAGUUUACCUCAAGAACAAUAAUUGAGUGUAUUGUUUCUAAAGAGAUUGUGUUAAAUCAUAUUGAUGUAAGGGGAAGAUGUGAUAGUAUUAUUUAGUGGUAUUUGGUAAUAUGCUUAGGAUGACAGAAUAAUGGGAUUUGGUUUAUCGUUUCCAA